GAGGCUCGAGGCUCGCCGCUGCUCUCAGCUGACCGCCCGCCAUUUUGUUGGCCGCUCCGGCUUUUACCUCAGAGGUGCGCCGGCCGCGGCGAGCGGGCAAGAGGGGCGAGCGAGGGAUGUGAGCCGCCGCCGCCGCCCUCCUCCUCUGCCGCCGCCGCCCUCCCUGCCUUCGCGGAGCCCACUGUCCCGCUCCCACCCAGCCGCUCUCGGUGCCGCUCCCUUCCCGCCCGCACCCGCUUCGCGAUGGCGCUGAAGAUGGUCAAAGGCAGCAUCGACCGCAUGUUCGACAAGAACCUGCAGGACCUGGUGCGGGGCAUCCGCAACCACAAGGAGGACGAGGCGAAGUAUAUCUCUCAGUGCAUCGAUGAGAUCAAGCAAGAGUUGAAGCAGGAUAACAUUGCUGUGAAAGCAAAUGCUGUCUGCAAACUCACUUACUUGCAGAUGCUGGGUUAUGACAUCAGCUGGGCAGCCUUCAACAUCAUUGAAGUCAUGAGUGCAUCGAAGUUCACAUUCAAGAGAAUCGGAUACUUGGCUGCCUCUCAGUGCUUUCACGAAGGGACGGAUGUCAUCAUGCUGACGACUAACCAGAUCCGAAAGGACUUGAGUAGCCCCAACCAGUAUGAUACUGGAGUUGCCCUGACUGGCCUGUCCUGUUUCGUGACUCCCGAUCUUGCCAGAGACUUGGCAAACGACAUCAUGACCCUGAUGUCCCACACAAAGCCUUACAUCAGGAAAAAAGCAGUAUUGAUCAUGUACAAAGUAUUUUUGAAAUACCCAGAAUCCCUUCGGCCUGCAUUCCCCCGCCUUAAGGAGAAGCUGGAAGACCCAGAUCCUGGUGUCCAGUCAGCUGCUGUGAAUGUCAUUUGUGAGCUAGCCAGGCGCAAUCCAAAAAACUACCUUUCCCUCGCUCCGCUCUUUUUUAAGCUGAUGACAUCAUCCACCAAUAAUUGGGUCCUCAUUAAAAUCAUAAAACUGUUUGGUGCUCUCACUCCUUUGGAACCAAGGCUGGGAAAGAAGCUAAUAGAGCCCCUGACCAAUCUCAUACACAGCACUUCAGCCAUGUCCCUUCUGUAUGAAUGUGUGAACACAGUGAUAGCAGUUUUGAUCUCUCUCUCGUCUGGGAUGCCCAACCACAGUGCCAGCAUCCAGCUCUGCGUUCAGAAACUGCGGAUCCUGAUAGAAGAUUCAGACCAGAACUUGAAGUAUUUGGGACUGCUGGCCAUGUCCAAAAUCCUGAAAACCCAUCCUAAAUCAGUACAGUCUCAUAAGGAUCUCAUCCUCCAGUGCCUGGACGACAAGGAUGAGUCCAUUCGCCUCCGAGCCUUGGACCUCCUCUAUGGAAUGGUAUCCAAGAAGAACUUGAUGGAAAUAGUGAAGAAGCUGAUGAUCCACGUGGACAAAGCCGAAGGGACCACCUACAGGGACGAGCUGCUGACCAAAAUCAUCGACAUAUGCAGCCAGUCGAAUUACCAGUACAUCACAAACUUCGAAUGGUACAUCAGCAUUCUGGUGGAGCUGACACGACUAGAGGGAACCCGGCACGGCCACCUCAUCGCUUCCCAGAUGCUCGACGUGGCGAUCCGCGUGAAGGCCAUCCGCAAGUUUGCAGUGUCGCAGAUGGCCAUGCUCCUGGACAACGCCCACCUGCUCGCCAGCAACACCCAGAGGAAUGGGAUUUGCGAGGUGCUGUAUGCUGCUGCCUGGAUCUGCGGAGAGUUCUCGGAGCACCUCGAGGAGCCCCACCAGACCCUCGAAGCCAUGCUGCGGCCCAAAGUGACGACUCUCCCAGGCCAUAUCCAAGCGGUUUAUGUGCAGAACAUGGUGAAACUGUAUGCCUCGAUCCUGCAGCAGAAGGAGCAGGCUGAGGAGAAGGAGUCCGCCCAGGAGGCGACCCAGGUGAUGAUCGAGCGCCUGCCCCAGUUCGUGCAGAGCGCAGACCUGGAGGUCCAGGAGAGGGCUUCCUGCAUCCUUCAGCUCAUGAAAUACAUCCAGAAGCUUCAGAUCAAAGAGGUGGCCGUGGCAGAGGAAGUGAUUGCCUUGUUUGCUGGGGAGCUCAACCCCGUGGCCCCCAAAGCCCAGAAGAAGGUUCCAGUUCCAGAAGGCUUGGACCUUGACGCCUGGAUCAAUGAGCCUCCCUCGGACAGCGAGUCCGAGGACGAGAAACCCCGGACCAUCUUCCACGACGAAGAGCAGAAGCAUUCCCGGCACCGGCAGCCCGAAAUGGAUGAGGAAGAGCUCGCCAGACGUCGUGAGGUCCGGAAGCAGGAGCAAGCGAACAACCCCUUUUACAUUAAAAGCUCUCCUUCCCCACAGAAGCGGUACCAAGACAGCCCUGGCGUCGAACACAUCCCUGUGGUUCAGAUCGAUCUCUCCGUUCCCUUAAAAGUUCCUGGCAUGCCCGUCUCUGACCAAUAUGUGAAGCUGGAGGAGGAGCGCCGGCACCAACAGAAGCUGGAGAAGGACAAGAAGAAGCAGAAGCAAAAGAAGGAGAAGCGGGGCAAGAACCGGCGCCACAACUCGCUGCACACAGAGAGUGACGAGGACAUCGCGCCUGCCCAGCACGUGGACAUAAUCACGGAGGAGAUGCCAGAGAAUGCUCUGCCCAGUGACGAGGAUGACAAAGACCCCAACGACCCCUACAAGGCGCUGGACAUUGAUCUGGACAAUCUGGUUUCAGGGAAGGCGACCAGGCCUUUAGCAGACAGCGAGAAGCUCCCUGUGCAAAGGCAUAGAAAUGCGGAUGGUCUCAAGUCGCCCCAAGAAACAGAAGCUCUCCCGGUUGAGAAGAAGAGCAAGAAGCCGAAAAAGAAGGAAAAGAAACACAAAGAGAAAGAGAGGGAAAGAGAGAAGAGGAAAGAGCGGGAGAGGAAAAUAGAGGAGGAGGACAAAAAGGGGGAUGAAAUGGACCUCUGGCUCUCUGAAGCUCCACCAGCUGCAGUAGCUUCGGAGGCAAAGGAUCUGCAUGAGGCGAACGCAGAUGCUGCAGGACCAGAGGAAGCCAAGAAAGGGGGGCAGGAGGAGGAGGCAGCGGAAGAGGAGGAAGAUGAAGGGAAGAAAUCCUCCAAGCACAAGAAGAAGAAGCAUAAGAAGGAGGAAAAGUCCAAGGAGAAGAAGUCCAAAAAGCACCACGGCAGCGGGGAGGGGCCACCGACGGAGUCCGUGCAGAAUGGGACGCUGGAGGACGAGCCCCUGCCACCGAUGUCCAGUUACUGCCUUCUAGCUGAGAACGCCUAUAUCAAAAUGACGUACGACAUCCAGGGCACACUGCAGGAUGACAGCCGGGUCACCGUGUCUGUCAUUCUCGAGAACAAGAGCAGCAGCUUCCUGAAGAACAUGGAGCUGAACGUCUUGGACUCGCUCAACACUAAAAUGCUGCGGCCGGAAGGCGCCUCGAUUCACGAUGGAAUACCGGUCCCUUUCCAGCUGCCUCCUGGAGUCUCAAACGAGGCCCAAUUUACCUUCACCCUGCAGAGUAUCGCCAUGGCACAGAAACUAAAAGGAACCCUGUCGUUCAUAGUUAAAGACGAAGAAGGCUCCACCCACGAAAAACUUGAUUUCAAGCUGCACUUCAGCUGUGCGUCUUACCUAAUCACAACUCCCUGUUACAGUGACGCCUUCGCCAAGCUGCUCGAGUCUGGGGACUUGCACGCCAGCUCAUUCAAAGUCGACGGCAUCACCAUCCCUUUCCACCACCUCCUGGCGAAAAUCUGUUUCUACCAUCACUUCUCAGUUGUUGAGCGCGUGGGGGAUUGCGCUUCUAUGUACAGCCGUUCUAUCCAGGGCGAUCACGUCUGCCUCCUAGUGAAAAAGGGAGAGAAUUCAGUAUCCAUUGAUGGGAAAUGCAACAGUUCAACCUUGCUGGGCAACCUGCUCUCCGAACUCAAGGAGACCCUGUCGCAGUGCUGAGGACACCCAGGAACCCUGCAGUCUCCACCACCCUUCGUGGGAGAAGCACUGAGAGGCUCACAGACUGAACCCCGACAAGCAUUAGUUUUCUCUCCUCUCCCCCUCCAAGCGCAUGUAUGAUCGCCGGGGCAUGCGUGUUUCCCUUCACUCUGCCCGGGUCGUGGUGUUUGUGUGUCUUAUUAUUUUUGUCCAUUGCGGUUUACACAUGCUACAACUGUACUUCUCCCCGUCCUUCUUUCCUGAACUGUUUGGCCACUUUUGACGACGACUGCUUCCAAACCAGAGAGAAAACCGUAAUACUGAUACCCUGGCUGGGGUUGGGUUGGGUUGGGUUGGGGGGCAGUAGUUCAAGAAGUCACGGGAUCCACGCCGUGGAGUCUUUUCUCAUCGGCAAGGACAACAGGCACGUGUUGAUGUGGAUCCAGAGGCGACUGCCUCAGUCUCCUUGUGCCUGGCCUGUUUUAACCUAUGUAUUUAUUUCUGGCUGCAGCAAGAUGAAGAUUGGCCAGAAUUCCUCUGCACUAUAACCGGUUGGUUCAUCUUUCCUUUUGUCCCCUGAGGUCAGAAUUCAUAAUGGUUCCACUGAACCUGCCCCCCACCCCGUAAGAUUGAUCACAUUCCCCGCCCUGGCACAUUUCUGCUGCGGGUGCUUUGUGAAGUCCACUGAAAUCUUACCACAUUCCUGAAGCUAUAGAAUGUAGCAAAAAACUGGAAAUCCAAAGUCUUCGUGUGCGUAUGUGUUCUUGUUUUGGUUCUCUUUCUUUCUUUUGCCAGUCUCUUGGCUCAGCAUCAUAGGUUGACCCGUCCCAGGGUAGGUGAAGACAAUCCGUCUGACUCCGCCUCUCUGUUGAAGAGCCCCCCUCUGCCCCUGGCCCUGAGGUGUGCAGUGCCCGUUCCCGAUGCAGUGCCCACAGCCACUGGGCUUGGAAGAGGCCAAGGUUUUGAAAGUGAUUCUGGCCUCAGAUCAAGCAGGUGGAUGCAAAUCAGGAGCUGACUCUGUGUUUUGAAAAGUGCUUCAGUCCUUUGCUGGAAAGGGGAUUCCUUCCCUUCCUUACCAAAUAAUCAUUUGACCUUCUACAAACCAUUGUUUCUUUUGCUUCACUCACAAGAUUGGAAAUUAAUCAGUGAUAAUUUAUUUGGAAAUGGGGUUCAAGCAGCUUGACUCCUCCAUCUCAACAUUUAGCUACUUUUUCAUAUCCCUGGGCCCAUAUCCCUGGGCACUUUUUCAUGUCCCACCCCCAUUAAAAAAAAUUAAAUUGGGGAAAGGAGGGAUGAUGGAACCGACUGUGAAAACAUUGCUCUCUUGCUUGUUUUUGAUGUCCUCUUUGUUUCAAGACACUUGGUGCCUCAAUACUCCUCACCGUGAUUUGUGGUUCAAGGUGUUUUCAAAAACACACAAGUUUGCCUGUUGGGAACAGCUCUGUGGUCAUUCUUGAUUUCUCAAGAAGAACCUGGUAUUCCAGAAUUCCGUGUACUUUUGCGCAAUGAAGUGAUAAUAAUACCUAUUGGGACUUCCUGGUCAACCUUUUGUGGAAUAGUGAGAAUUGUGUGUUUGGGAGAGCAAAGCUGCGCAUAUUUGAAAUGGUCUUAACAUGCUCCUUGGAAUUAGUGGAUUUAAAUAUAUAUAUAUAUAUCUAUAUAUAUUCCUGGAUGAAACUUGUCACUUUAGCAUGUAGAGUCUGUUCUCUUACAGAACCCUGUGGUGAUUCUAGAACCAUCAGAAAUGAUAUGUAUGAUAUGUUAUGUCCAAAAAUCAACAAAACCAAACCUUAUUUGCUAUCAACAUCCCCCCCAAAGAAGAGGAGUAAACAUGUAUCACAAAGCUGCUGUAACAUUUUUUUUUGUGUCAAGAUGAUCCAAUAAAAUUUCAAAACCA